AUGAUUCAAUUUUUUACAUCUUUUAUUGUUUUCGUUGUCUUUAUUCUUGAAUUUACUUCAUCUCAAGUUUACGAUAUAACUGUUCCAAACAGCAUUGUUAGGGGCAAUGUCUUGAAAAUAACCUGGGAAGUAAUAAACGAUAAUGGUAUGGCAUACGAAAUGUACUGGGUAUCAAAGGAUGAUCCUAGUAAUUAUGGCAACAUUAUCCUUCUUACUGCAGAAGAACAGGCGCGAAGAGAAUAUUAUUGGCCAGUAAAUAUACUUCCUGGAAGCUAUUACAUCAGUAUAAAUAAUUUAGAGUCCAAUACUUUCAUUGUCAUUCAAAAAGAAAGUGAUAUUAAUAACAUUUAUUAUGGAGGUUACUCAUAUAUGUGCGUGAUUAAUGGUGAAAUGCCUGAUAACCAUGAUACUCCUUCUGACACACCUGAUACUGAUACUUUUGAUACACCUGAUGAUACUUCUGAUAACGAUUCUUCCUAUGAUGACGAUUCCUUCCAGCAAGAUGAUUUUUACUAA